CUGAUAAAUACAGUGCACCAGAGCCUCCCUUGCCACUUUCUUGAGAGAAGGAAAAUGCAAGCUCUGUUGACUCCCUUAUGGUCUAGUUAGAGAAUAUAAAUCCCUAGAAGUUUGUAUUGAAAUACAUCUCUGUUGAUCACUUUAUUAUCAAAACAAGGAAAAGCUUGAGUGUUAUGGUGAGGUAUUUCAGAAUGGCAGCUUGUACUGGUAUGUAUAACUGCUAGGUAACUGUAGCAUGCAGACUCUGACCAUACACACUUUCCUUGUCUUGUUUCUAUGCCUAUAUCUAAUGCUGCUUAACUUAAGUUGUAAUCUCCAGUGUUCUAUAGUUGUACGAUUUCUGCUUCCAGACCUUUCCAAAAAUUUGUUUUUUUAUACUAUUGUGAAACUCAUUUUCUUAUUAUCCUUGGAACAUUUUCUUCAUUGAUAUUUAUGUCAUCUAGUUCUCCUAUUGUCCCAUUGUCUAUGUCUGCAUCCCAUAUGUUGGCUUAGUUCUCUUCUCUUCUUUCCUGGAGUUUGAGGAAUUGCUGUAUCUGUAGUAUUUGGUAUGCUUAAAAAAAAAAAAAAAAUACUGUUGCCUUCAUACGUAUCUUAGUUUAUAUACUUCUCAUUUUCCUUAAAACAAAAAAAAUCACUUUCCUAUUUAGGUUAUUUCCUAUAUUCUUACCAUCUAAGAAUAUUAAUUCCUUAAUGUUAAUGCAUAUGUAUUUCCUCUUGCAUUGUACACAGCACUGCAUUUAAAAAAUAAGAAGGCUUUUGGAUAAUGGUUUUCAUAGACUUUUUUCAAUUUAAUUUCUUUUAUCACACUUCCAUUGCUGUUGGUAAAGUAGUUAUCUUGGUUUCCUUUUUUCCACUGAAAUGUAUUGUAUAUUCUUACUUAUGAGUGAAAUCUUUGCUAAUUUUCUUGCAACUGUAAUGUGAAAAUGUACAUGCUGACACCAUAUUUUAAGAUUGAUAAGGAUAACAUGAUGGACUUCAUUGUGGCAGUGCGGGAUCCACAGGCGUGGCACCAAGUGAACAUGGCACAAAACCCCAAGCAUUACUCAUCCCUGAGAUUAGGAGGACCACACUUCAUUAGCAGAAUUCAAGAAAACUGGGGAGCCAAGAUAUACUUCAACACCCUGAUUCCAACACAUGAAGGGAUGAUAAAGUAUGGGGUAAUAUCACACUCCAGCUUAGUGGCUGACCUGCUGGACUGGGACACACUCUAUGUUGCUGGUCGCUUACACAAACCAGUCCUCAUGUUACAUAAAGCUGAGGAUGAGGAGCUCCACACCGCCCUCAAGCUGAAUCUGUUCUUUGCAGUACACACUGCCCUCCUACUACUCCCAGAGCUCUUCAGUGAAGAGCAGCUGUAUAUGACUCUGGCAGGACUUUCAUAUGCAGGAGACUUCCGAAUGUAUGUUGGCGAAGAUCAAAAUAAAGUAAGGAACAUAGUCGGGGCACAGAUCCGGGAAUUUCGUGCCCUCUACACCCCAAUCCUAAAAGAACUAGAGGAGUAUGUUAUUUUGGACACUCUGCAGGGGAUGGGAGAGCAAGACACAUCCCCACCAGCAAGGCUUUACCAUCUCUCCAUGCUGCCUAAACGAUUGCAGCUCAUGCUUAUUAGAGAGUGGAACAAGGAUGGCAGAAGUAGGGAUCUUGAAGACGUUCUCAGGGCAGCUGCUCAUGACACAGAUGUAGAAGAUGUCAUACACAGAGGUAUCCAAGAUAUUGUGAAGAUCUCCAGUUUGACUCAAAGCAUCAAAGGCAUAAUGACUGCAGGUGCUACCAAGUCCGUCAGGUACUCUUGGUCCAAGGUGAAGAAGAUGUGGAAGAGCUUGCAGAGAUAAUGUUGUGUAGGUAGGUAAAUAACACUACCUAGGCAUUCAUAAAUUAUUUAUGAUGAAUUAUUUUCCUAAUCUGUAAAUUAAAUGCACUGUUGUGACAGAUUAAAUAACCACAGGCUGGGUGUUGCAAGACACUGCAUUGAUUUGAGCAAAAUUAACUUAAAGGAAUAGACCAGCAGUUGAUAUAUAUAUAUAUAUAUAUA